UGAAUAAGAAGAAUUGGGAACAUGAAAACAAGUCGCACGAGAAUCAACUUCUACAAAGGCACACAUCACGCAUGAUUUGGUUCCUACAAUUUCCCAUGUUACAGCUGGGGCGGAUCUGAAGAAACGCUCCAGGAGCCAGAUACGAGGACCCACUGGCAGAGCAAUGGACGGAAAUAAUCGGACGCUGGAUUUUUCUUGCCAGAAAAAUGGACUCUGGAACGAUGAAAUAUUUUCCGGAUCAGCACCUAAUUUUCCGGACUGCUUCCUGAACACCGUCUUGGUUUGGGUUCCGUGCGGGUUUCUUCUUUUAUGUUCGCCUUUCCAGAUUGCUACCUUGUGUCGGAGCCACACUGGUUUUCCUUUACAUCUUGGAGCUCUCAGCGUCACCAAGAGUGUGUUGUGUGUAGUCCUAUCUCUGUUAACAUGUGUCAGUAUCGCUCUCACCUCAUCACGUGGUUACCAUUGUCAGUCGGGUGUGUCGGCCCCGGACGAGUUCUAUGUUGGCGCUGUAGCUCUCUUGGUUGUCUUUGCGUAUCUAUCAAUUCUCACUCAAGUACUACGCAAAAAGCAUGUUAUUUCCUCCGGAAUUUUGACUACGUUCUGGAUUCUUCUUUUAGGCUGCAGUACCGUGUCACUGCAGUCUGCCAUAUCGUACACGCCGAGUUGUGCCAUUAGCAUCCUGUAUUAUGUGUACUAUGGAAUCGUCUGUGUACAGCUCGUUCUGUACUGCUUCGCUGAGAAACCUACCUACCCUCUCCUGGGACAGAAGGAACAAUCUCCAGAGGAGCUGGCGUCCUUCCUCAAUAGAUUGGUCUUCUGGUGGUUUAAUGGACUGGUGAUCAAGGCAUACAGACGCACUCUGGAUGUCAAGGACAUUUGGAAGCAGGUGAACUAUCUCCAAUCAGACACGUGCGUCCCGGAACUGAAGGCAAAUUGGAAGGAGGUGGUCUUCGAACACCGAAUAAAAACCGUGAGGACACAACGAAAAGAACCCUCCAAAAAGCACACUUAUCUGAAUGAUGUGUUCGCAUAUGAGUCAACACCACUCUUAACCAAUCAAAAAUCAGAGACUGGCCAUGGUUGCUAUGGCACCAGAAAAUCCCACCAAUCACAACCGUCGUUAUUCAAAGUUAUCUUAAAGACGUAUUGGAGACAAUUUGUUCUUGCCUCACUCUACAUGAUUGCCUGUGACGUCUUCAAUCUGAUGCAGCCGUUGCUUCUCAAGAUUAUGAUAGAAUUCCUUGAGGAAAAACACACAGGAAACAGACCGCUCUGGAAUGGCUGGGGGCUGGCAGUCAUCUUCUUUAUUUGUGGACAGAUGCAAUCGGUGUUCUAUUGUCACGCAGCAUAUGCUAUGCUGACGCUUGGACUGAAAGUGAAAGUAGCACUUGUUGGAAUGAUCUAUCAAAAGUCUCUGAUGCUGAGUAACGCUGCCAAAAGUGAGUACACAGUCGGAGACAUUGUGAACCUGAUGUCUGUGGACUGUCAGCGCAUACAGGACGCGAUCACAUUCCAGUUCGAGCUGGUGUCCUUCUUUGUCGUGAUAUCAUUUUCUUUAUACCUUAUUUGGAAUCAGAUGGGUGUGGCCACACUGGGAUGCAUUGCAGUGAUCAUCGUCAUCUCAUUGGUUAACAUGUACUUAGGAAAGCUUCAAGAAAAGUACCAGUGGUCUCUACUGACUCUCAAAUCCAGCCGGAUCAAAUUGUUAAAUGAAGUUUUAAAUGGAAUAAAGGUUAUCAAGAUGUAUGCUUGGGAGUCGUCAUUCAUGAACAAAUUGUUAAACAUCCGGUCACGUGAGAUGGUAUUUCUGAAGAAAAUCUGUGUAGUAACGGCCUUUUCCUUGCUUUUUUCUGUACAUAGUCCAUUUAUGAUGGCGUACUUUAUCUUACUAAUAUUUACCUUGAUGACGUCAAAGAAUUACCUGAGUGCCAGUAAAGUCUUUGUGUCUCUGUCCAUCAUCAACACACUACGAUUCACAAUAACUAUGGUCCCAUUACUUAUUGCAGGCAUCAUACAGAUGAUGGUGUCUAUAAAACGAAUCCAAGAAUUCCUUAGUAAAGAAGAUUUGAAUCCAGGGAAUGUUUCAACUUCCCUAAAUACAGAAUAUGCCAUAUCUAUAGAAGACGGAGAUUUUACUUGGGAUCGUCGUAGUCCCCGGAAUACGCUUAACAGAGUCAAUCUGAAGAUCGGUGAAGGUAAACUAGUGGCCGUAGUUGGACAGGUGGGGACGGGAAAAUCCUCGCUGAUAGCCGCCAUGUUGGGAGAGAUUGAGAAAGUUCAAGGCAAGGUGAACGUUCAGGGAUCUGUCGCCUAUGUGCCACAGGAAGCGUGGAUACAAAACCUUACAGUGAAAGACAACAUUCUGUUUGGUGGCAAAUUCAAGGAGAAGAAAUAUAAACGUGUCAUUCAGUCAUGCGCACUGCUACCGGAUUUAGCUAUACUGAGUGCAGGGGACCUCACAGAAAUUGGUGGAAAGGGCACCAAUCUCAGCGGUGGCCAGAAACAGAGGAUAAGUCUGGCGCGAGCAGUCUACAGUAACUCCGAUGUGUAUCUUUUGGACGACCCUUUAUCUGCUGUUGACAGUCACGUGGGGAAAUCUCUAUUCAAAGAUGUUAUUGGUCCAGAAGGGCUAUUACGUCAUAAGACUCGCAUUUUGGUGACUCAUGGAGUACACUGGCUACCCAAGGUAGAUCUGGUGGUGGUAAUGGAUAACGGGACCAUCUCAGAAGUGGGGACGUAUGAGGAACUGAUGCAGAGACGAGGGACUUUCUCACAAUUUCUCAAGACGUAUCUACUUCAGGAUGAUGAUGAAGACAAAGAAACUUCCAAGUUCAAGGACGAGAUAUGGAAACAGUUAGAGAGCGUGUCUGACUUUGGUUUGUCAGCAGACGAUUCUGACGCACUUACCAGACUGGAGCAUGCUAGAAAAUCACCAAGGAAGGAAAAUAAUGGAUUCUCCAUCCAACGUGACAUAAAACAGAAUAUUUCACAUUUCAGAUCAGAAGACAGUCAUGGUUCGAUUGAUAGAACGGAGUCACGACGACGACGGUUAUCCACACAUGACAACAUCAAUGCACUGAAAAAAAUCCAGAGGUCGCUUUCUCCAGGACGGACCUCACCUUACGACAGUGGGGAAGGAUCAGAACCGGAAAUGGGGAGGCUGAUCGAAGAUGAAAAGUCAGAAGAAGGAACGGUGAAGUUUUCAGUGAUACUGACCUACAUUAAGGCCAUGGGCGUGGUAGGCACGUUUCUCUCCAUGUUGUUUGUGUUCCUGUUUCAAGGAUUGAACGCUUUCGGCAAUUUUUGGCUGACAUUCUGGACAGAGGAUGCCGUCAUCAAAAACCAAUCACUCGUCAUGACUCAAGAAUACACAGACCGGAAGUACUACUACCUCAUCAUCUACACUGUACUAGGCAUUCUUCAGGGGGUAUUCCUGUUUUUGUUUGCCUAUCUAGGACUAACCAGACUAAUUAAUGCCUCCGGAUCCCUGCACUCCUCCAUGUUAUUCCGUAUUUUACGUUCACCCAUAUCGUUUUUCGACACGACGCCUAUCGGUAGGAUUAUGAACCGUUUUUCUAGUGAUAUCGGCAUUCUGGAUGACCGCGUUCCUAGAACGUUCUGGCUGUGGGCCAUCAUGCUGUCAACAUUAUUCGCAACCCUGGUUGUGAUCUCUGUAAACACACCUAAAUUUUUGAUAGCCAUUGUUCCUGUGGGCAUCAUGUAUGUUGCAAUACUGAAAUUCUACCUCCCAACAGCUAGACAGCUGAAGCGGAUAGAGGGUGUGACCCGCUCCCCCGUGUAUAGCCAUUUCAGCGAGUCUAUCACCGGGGCUAGCUGUAUUCGGGCGUUCAGGGCCGUGGACAGAUUUAUUACAGAGUCCCAAAUCCGAGUAGAUACAAAUUCAACCUUUUACCACGCAGCAAACACAGCGACAUGGUGGAUCGGCAUUCGCUUAGAAUUUAUGGCAAACGUUUUGGUUUUCGUGGCAGCCCUGUUUUCCGUCCUGUCUGACACGCUGACGGGGGCCGGACUAGGUCUAUCUCUGACGUAUUCUCUACAGGUUGUGGUAGCCUUGAACUUAUUUGUCCAGUCCGUCAGUGAGAUGGAGAUGAAUAUCGUGUCUGCAGAGAGGGCGGAUGAAUACACGAAACUCUCGUCAGAGGCGGAGUGGAUUGAUCCCAGUAAACGUCCACCUUCAGACUGGCCGGACACUGGUCAGUUGAACUUUAAGUCCUACUCCACACGUUACCGUCCAGGGCUAGACCUAGUCUUGAGGGGACUGGAGUGUGUCAUAUCAGGGGGUGAAAAGGUUGGAAUUGUAGGUAGAACAGGUGCGGGUAAGUCAUCCGUGACACUAGGUCUGUUCCGCAUCGUUGAACCUGUGGGAGGAGACAUUGAGAUCGAUAACGUGUCUGUAUCUUCUAUAGGGCUUCAUGACCUUAGAUCUAAAUUAACCAUACUACCUCAAGAUCCAGUGAUAUUUUCGGGAUCACUUCGUUCGAACUUGGAUUCGUUCCAAAGAUUUUCGGAUCAGGAUCUGUGGACGGCAAUAGAGAGGGCUCACAUGAAGGACUUCGUCACCAGUUGUGUGGGUCAGCUUAAUUACGAGUGUGGGGAGGGUGGCCAGAACUUCAGUGUUGGACAGCGGCAGCUGAUAUGUCUGGCGAGAACACUGCUUCACAAGACGAAGAUUCUGAUCCUGGACGAAGCCACGGCAGCUGUUGAUGUGGAGACUGACGAUCUGAUCCAGAGGACCAUUAAGACUGAGUUCAGUGACUGCACGGUGAUGUCUAUAGCUCACAGACUAAAUACUGUGAUGGAUUACGACAGGAUAAUGGUGAUGGACAAAGGUUUCAUAGUGGAGUUUGAUUCUCCCAACAAACUUUUGGACAACAAGUCUGGGGUGUUUUAUUCCAUGGCGAAGGAUGCUAAUCUUGUCAGCUAGUGAAGCAUUUAAUUUUCAGAAUGUACGAUGGAAAAUCAUAAGGAUGUUCACGUCGGCCCGUUCAGUUUUCUUUGCUUUCGUAUUAACUAUCCCGUAGUUUGCAGAAUGGCGAAUCUUAUGUGAAUCAUGCAAUUUAUAGCCUUCCAUAAAUUCUUGUUGGUAUUCAAAGCAAUGUGUAUAUCAUAGAAUUAGCAUUGAGUUGAAUAGGGAUUUAGUGUUGAAGAGAGUUAUCUGCCAUUUCAUAUAGCAAACGGUAGAUUUCGUUUGGUUAUAGAUCUAACUAAAUAUGUAAUAGUUAUAUACUUUGGAAAAAAAUAUAUGAGAAAGAAAAAACUUGAUAACAUAUAUACUAUGUAGCAUUCUUUCUAGGAACGUAUGAUUAAUGUACAUGCAUAUUUCAUCAUAGUUUCUACAUACAAAUGUGAAAUGCAGACCCAGCUGAUCGUUAUUUUAAGAGGGCGUAACUAUAAUUAAAUGAAUAUUGUGUAA